AUGGGCAUUCCCCUUAACAAUGCAAACAUAUACACCCUAAGCUUCGCAGAUGACCAAGUCAUAAUGGCGCAAGACUACGAUGAUGUAAAAUACAUGAUGCGAAAACUGAUCGAAGAAUACAAGAAAUGGGGGUUGGAAAUAAACUUACCAAAGACAAGGUAUAUGUGUAUCGGUGGAGCACAACGCGACCUCCUCUUAGAGGAUGGUCAGGCUAUCAAAAGCUGCGAAACCUACAAAUACCUGGGAAUGUACAUUGCCAGCACUGGGACUUUAGACUACGCCAUCAAAGAACGAAAUAAUCAAGGAAGAAAGGCCAUUACUAUGCUGAACACCUUCUUGUGGGACCAAAAAAUCACGAGACGAAACAAACACAAUAAUAUACAAUACGAUCAUUAA